GGAAAAAACUAUACUUAUUGAUUAAAUGUUUUUACAUUUUAUUUUAAUUUUAUUAAAUUUUAUACAUCAUGAAUACACAUAACGAAGAAAAACCCAAUAAAGAUGAAGACUACUCAAAAAUUUUGGGUUUGGGUGGUUUUUUUCAACCUUUACCAGAAAGUUUAAUCAAAAACAUUAAAAUAGAUAGUAGAAGUAUAUUUCAAGGCAUUAAUGGAAAUAAGGGAUCAUCUAAUAAGAAAAAAAAACAAGGGAGAUCUGAACAGAAAACAAGUUUUGCCGAAAUACCUUCAGAAUUGACACCACAAUCAAAAAAUUCACUGUGGGCAAAUAUCGUUGAAUCGUCAUUAUAUUAUGUAGAAGGCCAAGAAAAACAACAACAAUCAUAUCCACGCGAAUUUAUGCCCCCUCCAAAAUUUAUUCAACCAAAAUCAAAUACAAAUUCAACAAAAAGCAAAGGAUUACGGAGCCGACCAUCAACUGUAGAUAAAGAAUCAAAGACCAAACGAAGUUUGCGCUUUACUGCAGCAACCAUUCCACGCCUUUCUGAGGUGAAAAAAGUCGCUUCUCCAUACACUGCAAGACGUAAAAGUUUAAAAUUCUCCUCCAUUUUAAAAAAUCCUAGACCAUCAAUAAAAAUUACUACACCAAAGAAUCAAAAUGAUACAUCAAUCUUAAAUGAUUUGGAAGAAUUGAAAAGCUUAAAAAAAAAUAUGACAAUACUUUUGGGUAAUAUUCAAACAAAAAUUGAUUCGAAUAAAGAAAAUAUGAUAAAACCUAAGUCAAGUUGUAUUGAUGCUUUGAAAAAUAUAAAAAAUAAUGAUAGUUUAAAAGCUUUUGAAUUAGAAGAACAAUUAUUGUCUAAAACAACAACAAAAAUUGAUUUUGAAAAGCCCGAUAUUAAUGUUGUAAUACAAAAUUUUAAUAAAAAACUAUGCGAUUUAGUUGAUAAUUUUGAAAUAAACUUAUUCGAUUAUUUAAAUAAAACACCAGUAAACACCAAAGGUGACAUCUGCACGGAUAAGAAUAAACAAAAACUAAUGUUUUCAUCAACAGCAGAGGCGUUGGUUACAAAAUCACAAGCAGAAUCAAAAAUACCAACAUUAAAAAAUGUGGGUGCUACACAUAUAUCGACGCAAGAGGUCCUCCCAUUGCUAUCCGAAGACAAAACUACCAAUUCUAUAAAUACGAUCCAAUCAUCACAAAAAUUACUUCCAUCGACACCAAUAAAAUCGGAUGGAGUUCUUAUGCCGUUAGAUACACCGAAAACUGGCAAAACUCCUUUAAAAUAUAAUCAAAAAAUAUUAGGACAAUAUCGUGAGCUUAAAUUUGGUGUCGGUAAUGUUUUGGCUACACCGAUUGUAGAAGGUUCUGAAAUGCGAUUGAAUAAACAACAUAAUUUAAGAAUAUCUCAAAACGUGCUCAAACAAUUAAAUAGUUUAGAUAUAAAUUAAUUAAUGUUAUGCAUUAACGAAUAUUUGCUUUUUAUAUCUUAUAUA